AUGACCGAUGAAUCCUUGAUCCACGAAUUAUUCCAAGGUUUCGAAAAGUGUACAGGGGACGAUGUCGAACCAGCAUUAUCAUUUUUCGCUCCCGAUGUGGUUUUCUACAUGUACGGUCCUCAUGAAGCCCCCAUUACCGGCAGACAGCAGUUGCAAGCUGCGUUCAAGGAGACCUUCUCUAUUCUCAAAUCGUUUCAAGUGGAGAUUAUUUCAGUGGCUAGGACAGGAAACAAAAUCUUUGUUGAGCGAAUCGAGCGCAUGUUAUACGCUGGUGUCCAGGCCGUGACGCUUUACCAGGUCGGUGUCGGGGAGGUGGGAUCCGAUAAUAAGUUUACCUCGUGGAAGGAUUACUUUGAUCCUGUUGAAAUUAAAAAAGCCGCCGAGGGAAAUUAG